AAAAUCACAUAAGUGAGAAGCAUUGUGACUCAAGUCAUGUGAGAAACUGUCGUGUCAAGUGUGUACUGCGAUAGUUAAAAGUAACAAUACCAUAAGGAAUAGUAAAAAACAGAGGCUGAGAAACGUAGAUGCACUCCUUGUUCGUUAAGUGAGGAUAAACUUUGUCGAGUGAAAUCCCAAACUCUUGACAUCUAAAGUGAGAAGGUUGCUUCUCAUUAUGGGUAUUCUGCUAGCCAAAUUGUGGAGUUUAUUUGGCAAUGAAGAGCACAAAGUUGUUAUUGUGGGCCUGGAUAAUGCAGGGAAAACAACAAUUCUAUAUCAGUUCUUAAUGAAAGAAGUUGUUCAUACUUCUCCAACAAUUGGUAGCAAUGUGGAAGAGGUUGUAUGGAAAAAUGUCCAUUUCAUCAUGUGGGACUUGGGAGGGCAGGAAUCGCUUCGUGCUGCAUGGAAUACUUACUACAACCACGCAGAGUUUCUUAUAGUUGUAGUGGAUAGUACAGACAGGGAGAGGUUACCAGUUACAAAAGAAGAACUAUGGAAAAUGUUAAAUCACGAGGAUCUUAACAAGACAUCUGUAUUAGUGUACGCUAACAAACAGGAUCUUAAAGGUUGUAUGACACCAGCAGAAAUCUCAGAACAAUUGAAACUUACGUCUUUAAAGAAACAUAGAUGGCAAAUACAAGCAUGCUGUGCUCUUACGGGAGAAGGAUUAUAUCAAGGUCUUGAAUGGAUUUAUUACCAGCUGAAAUGUAAGAAAUGACACUGUAGCACCUAGGUAUGAUAUUGUGAUGUACGGUAUUUUGAACACCACCCUAUUCUGACCAUAGUAUCAUGCUGUGACACAGAUGCAGGAAUAAAUAAACAUUUGGUGUUUGGACAGAUGUAUUGUGACAAAACACCUGUGCAGAAAUGACUUCUGCUUUAUAGUAACUCUAUGUUUAAAUAUAUUUUUAGAAUGUGUUGGAAUAACAAACUAAAGAACAAGCAAGUUUAGUGUGACAGGUUGCUUUUCUAAACCUGUACAAGUUAUGAAGAGUAACCAUUAUGUCCAACUGUUUCACUGUACCCACAUUUGUGUUGUACACAGGAACUCCCAAGAUAAAAAGAAAAAUACAGCAUGAAAUACAAUUGUAUGAACCCUCUCUAUAUAUAUGUACACAACUUGUUUCUUUGUACGAUAUACUUCUUGAAGAAAUUUGUUUGUUAAUCAGAAAUGAAUCCAUUACUCUUCUUGUGAUGUGGUAAAAGUGUGAUCUUCAUUCGAGGAUAUGAGGAGCAUCAUAUCCCCAGUAAAGUAGAUUUUUUUUCUACUUUUGAACUGUGAAUGUUGACAACUACAGGAAUUUGUGGGAAAACUUUACCCAGUCUCUUCUGUUUCGCUUAAAUUUAUAAGCAGUUAUGAAGUAUGUGGACUCAACUUGUAUUUCUUUUGUAUAAGACCUAUUACAUCAGCAGUUUUUGUGAAAACUGUUUAAUUAUUUAAGUAGUGAAAGUCUGAAGAAUUGUUAGUUUUACUAACAUUCAUGUGAAUCAACUUUUGUUUUUUUUAAAUAUCCAAGUUUUUGGUGGAAAAAUUCAUUUGUAAUAAGGAACAUUCCUCAACUGGUUGUCACUUUAUCCAAAACAAAAUGUAUACUAUGUAUUUGUUUCUUCCAAACAAAGUUGCUGAAAUAGUAGUGUCUUUUUAAUAUGUUCCUUUUAACACAUGAUAUAUAAGAUUAAGCUUUGUAAGAGUUUUCUUAUUUCAAGCGAGUAUGUAUGUUUGUACUAUCAGUUUUGCAAAUCUAGAAAAUUAUUAUAAAAUUGAAAGGAUUAGUUUUUCUAAAUAAAUUUUUGUUUCCUUAAAUAAAAUAAAUAUAUUUAUUUUGUGAUACUAAAAUUUCAUGACAGAUCAUUAAUGAAGUGGCAUCCAAUGUAAAAAGUGUUGUGGUGUUUUUUUUUCCACUCUUUUUUUUUAAUAUUGUGAGACAGAUUUUAAAAUACUUAAUUAGGAUUUGAAAAAUGUCACAAACUAAGUUUGCUAUAAAAUUUUAAAGUGAGUUCAAGUGUUGGCCUGUCACAAUUUACACUGUGGUCCAACUUAUAUACUAAAGGCUGUCUGUAAUGAUUGCCAAAAUAAGUACAUUCUGACAAUUGCUGGACUGAGCUUUAGAUGAUAACGAGUACGUCUACCUACAGUUUUUUUUACUGAUAAAGCAUUUUAUUUGCUUAUAAAAUACUUGCUAGUGCACACAACAAGAAAGAUAUGAAAAACAUUUGUGGGAAAAUUGUUUGUAAAUAUGGGCAAAAUAAAAAAAAACCAUGAACAAAGAGGGGAAAAAAAUCAUUGUAUUAAGUUAAAAUUUUUGAUAACCUUAAUUUAAAAAACAAACCUACAUGACAGUCUAAUUGUAAAACAAAUUACCUGUGUAUACCAUCCAGAUUUAAUGAAUGAAAUACAUAGUUUAUAACUCGUACAAAAAAUAAUUUUUU